AUGUUUAUGGAAGCUUCUCAAAAUGAAGUUGCCUACAAGCCAAAACCUUUAAAAUCCGGCACUCAAACCAGAUACCUCUGGACCGAUGCCUUUGCAGUUUGCAAUUUUCUUACACUCUUCAUUGAAACUCAACAAGAUAAAUAUUUAAAACAAGCCAAGGCCUUAAUCGAUGAAGUGCAUAAUGUUCUUGGUAAAGAUCGACAAUUACAACGUCGAUUAGGCAACGCUACCGAUGAUCGUCCAACUUUGGGUGGUUUACGAAUUGGAAAAAAGUACAAUGAAGACCAUGACGAUGGUGACGGGCAAUACUUUCAUUACUUGACCAAAUGGAUGUUUGCUCUGAACAGAAUGAGUCUUGUCACUGGAGAAGAAUUGUACAACCGCUGGGCCAUAGAAAUGGCAGAGUCCAUGCAUGAUCGUUUCAUCAAUCGUACUUCACCACAUCAGUUGAGAAUGUAUUGGAAGAUCAGCAUCGAUGGAUCAAGACCGUUGGUAAGAUCAGAAGGAAAUUUGGAUCCCUUCGAUGGUUAUGUCACUUACAAGCUUCUUCGCAAUGUUCACUCCUUGUUUAAUCAAAGCGAAAAGAGUGAUGUUUUGAAAACGCAAAUUCAUGAAAUGGAACGCAUGGUCAUGAAAAAGUAUUCCAAUUACUCAAGCCAUGAUCCUCUGGAUUUAGGAGAAAGCUUGUGGAUUUCAUGUUGGUUUUCAAAUGAAGAAUGGUCUCAACACAUUCAAAACGUUGCAUUGGAAUGUCUCGACGAGUUAUGGACUGAAAAGUACUUUGAUAGCUCAAGCAGACGUUACCGUUUGGCCUUUCGGGAAUUUGGCACUUCACUGGGACUCCAAACCAUUCCGACUCCGAGAGAUGAGAAAUGGCAUCAAAGAGUUGAGAGUAUACAUGACACUUGGAAGGAUCGUAUUUAUGAAAGAGAUCAUGAUAUUACUCCUGUCAUGUAUUGCUCAUCGAUUGUUCCUGGUGUUUUUAAACCCAACUAUUGUGAAAGGUAUUAUCAAGAACAUUUCGGAUCAAAGCAAAGCAAUGUGAUCGCCAACAAUCCUUAA